GCAGGCGGAGGCUUCUGGGAGUGGAAGUCCAGGACCCCUAGAAGAGCCCAUGCCUUUAUAAAAGGAAAUUUGUGUUGUAAAGUCCGGGUUUCUCUCUCACGGAGGAACUCACUCGCGUGGCCCUUCCUCGACAGGCUUCCUGCCUGUGUCUUCUCUGAGGGAGAAGAGAGGGAGGCGGCUCUUCCUUCCCCGCUCCCUCGGGGCAAUUACCAGAGGGCCGGACCCCUCGCCCUGGAGGCCUCAGCCCGGCCCUAGAGCACCCCUCUCUGCCAGUCUCACCAUGGCCGCCCUCGUGUUUUGCAACGCCUGCUUCCAGAAACCCCAGGGCGCUGCUCCCAAGUUCAGCCUGACCAGUUGCGGUCAUGUUUUCUGUGAGCCAUGCCUCCAGAAAGGUAAAAAAGAUGAGUGUGUGAUUUGUAGAGCUCCUUGUCGUACAAUACUACUUUCAAAAAAGAUGAGUCCAGAUAUCCAGGCACUGUUUAUGGGAAUAGAUGCGUUGUGCACAAAGUACUCCAAAGAACUUACCCAAAUUACCCAAUUCCAGGAAAAACACAGGCAACGACUAUCAGCAUAUUACAGAGGAAAGACUACAAAACUUGAAGGAUAUCUUAAGAGAGCAACACAACAGAUUCAGCAAAUGCAACAACAACAGCAUGGUGUUUCAUCAAUGGAAGUAGAUUAUAUGCCAGCAUCAAUCAGGAAAGUUGACACAGUGGCUGGACCGACAAGGAUAUCAUUGAUAAGCCCACCUCAUGACGGACAUAUGGGUAGUGUUUCCUGCAAGAGUUCUCAAUUGCCUGGAAAGAGUUCAUGCCACAGGAAUUCAUCAGGGUCAAUAAGGUCAUCACCAUUACGAAUACCAACUAGUAGGACUUCACAUAUGUCGCAAUUUGCAUCAUCACAAGAUAAUAGAAGUCACAUGCCAGAUGCUUUUGGACCAAGAACGGCUCAGCACUAUCUGCAUCCAUCAUCUUCACUCUCAACAAUGAAAAAACACUCAAUUAGUCUUGGCAGUCUUUUACAAAGACAAAAUUCAGGUAAGCGCAUCUAG